GAAACGAGCUGUCGAAUGCGCCGGAUCCGGCCCAGAGUUCCCUUUCUCCCUGUGCCUGAGUUGCUGCGAGCUUGUGCAUGUGAAAUGCAUAAAUGUAGCAGGUCUAGACGUUCCCGAUCUCAGUUUACAGUGCUAUGCCGCGAAACCGCGGUUUUGACCUGUUAGCACCGUGGGUCGCGACUACCGAGCAGACCUCGCGCCCUGCAGCUUUGACCGGGCAGUCCUUUUUGGGGCAUCCUAGGAUAUCUCAAGCUUACUGACACUGCCUCGCGAGCCUCGCGGGCGCCGCGCAACGUGAGCGGCGAUGGCGGAUUCGAGGCAGGUCGCGGGAGGCUCGCGGCCCCAGCGCGGCGCGGCCGCGAAAGCCAGCCAGGCGAUCUCAAGUAUGUAUAGGGGCGCGAGCCAGCCGGAUGGGGCGCCGGCCGAGGGCGCGGCAGCUGAGAGCGGACGGCCGUCACUCAGCCCAGACCGCCCGUCACUCACGCGCGCGGGUCGGCCGGCCGCGGCCUUGCCGAGCCCUCGCGCCGCGGACGGCGCCGCAGCUCCUGCAGCAACAGCUCGAAAACUACGCAGCAACGCCCCAGGCCUUGCAACAGCCCCAGGCCUUGCAACAGGCCGCGCAAACGCAGCCUCGAACACAAGCGGGGCAACGACGCAGCAACUUCCAUCGGCCACGAACUCCCAGCAACAUCCGCAGCAGCACCACCAGGCUGGCCCGGAGCCCUCGGCGAGCGCUGAGAUGGGCCCUGCAGCCGGGACCGCGCUCAACGCAAACGCCGAGAAGUUCGGCGGGUGCUGCACCUGCGGCUCCACCAAUCGCAACUGGGGCUACAUCCACGCCGACGGAAAGUACAGCUGCCACGGCUGCUGCUAUCGCAACAAGGCGGAGAACGGCUUCUAUGGGCCGCUGGGCACACGCUCUCGCGCCGAACUUGACGCAACGUGCGGCUCUCGCGCCUGUGCGGAGUGCGGCACCCGCAACGCGCACUCCUGGCGGGGCCACAAGAUGACGCCUGGCCAGAUGGUUUGCAACGCCUGCCACAUGCGCUGGAAGCGAACCGGCACCUACGACCGCCCGGCGGCGGCGCCACGCAGCAAGCCCGGCGGCGGCAGCGGCGGCGGCGGCAGGCGCCGAACUGCCGGCGGCGGUCGCGGUGCCGGCGGCGCGGCCGGCGGUGGCGGGCGCGGGCGCGCCCGCGCCAAGCACCGGCAGCAGCAGCAGCAGGAGGAGGAGGAGGAGGAGGAAGAGGAGGAGGAGGCGAAGCGCGGAGGGGGCGGCAGCACUGACGGCUCUACUGCAAGCAGCAGCGGCAGUAGCAGCAGCAGCAGCGACGAUGACGGCAACGGCGACAGUAGCAGCAGCGGCGAUGAAGAGGAGGAUGGCAGUGGCAGCAGUAGCAGCGACGGCAGCGCCAGCAGCGGUGGCGGUAGCGACACCGGCACUGACGACGAUGGCGAGGAUGAUGCGGGCACUAGCGAUAGCGGUACCCGAGCGGCAGCUGCCGCCGCGCCGCCUCCGGCCCGCCGCCGCCCGCCGCCCGCCGCCACACGCGCCGCCGCCAGAGCCGAAGCCGCCGCUGGGGCUGCUGGCGGCAGCGGUGGGCGCGCCCCUGCGCCAACACCACCAACUCCAACGGCGGGGGCGGCGGCGCUAGAAGGAACCGAGCAUGCGGCGACUGCGUCCGCGAGACCGCCACGGACGCCGUCGCCUCGGGCCGCCGCGGCGGCUGCCGCGCCCAAUGAGCCAUCACCAUCGCUGCAGCCAGCCAUCAUCAGCAGCCCAGACGCAGCGGUAGCGGCAGCGGAUGCACCGGCCGCCGCCGCCGGCCCCAGCGGCGGCGGCGAUGGCGCAGGAGGAAGCGGGGCUGGCAGCGCCCCUCCUCCCCGCGUACCCACACCCACCACCACGCCCGCCAAGCCUCCGCCCACUGCUAUCACAGCCGCCGCCACUCAUGAUGCUGCUCUUCUUUCAACCCCAACACCACCACCGCCGCAGCCGCAGGCUGCAGCGCAGCUGGCGGCGCCGGCGGCGCCAGCGGCGGCGGUACCGCAACCGUUCGUGGGCUCCUGCUGCGGCGCGUGUGGCGCCACGCGAAGCGUGCGGUGGUACGCCCACAAGGCCGACGCCACCGGGCUCCUCAAGACCUGCCAGGGCUGCUACGACAGGCAGCGCCGCCACGGCGCCUACCCGCCGCCGCCAAACGAGGAGGCGGCGGCGGCCGCCGCCGCAGAGCGGCGCGCCGCCGCCGCUGCCGCCGCGGCGGGCGCGGUGGCCGGCGGCGCGGUGGGUACGGCACCGGCGGGCGCAGCGGGCACGGCGGCACGGCAGGGGCUAGGGAAUGGCGGUGGCGGCAGUGGCGGUGGUUUGGUGCAGGUGGGGCGGGCACGGCCGGCCAAGUCGACAAUGACUCCGGCGGCGGCAACGGCAGGGGCUGCUUUCGGCAAAUCAGCGGCGGGGCAAGGGAACGGUGCACUGCCGGUGGUGCCGCUGCUGGCGCCGGGACCGUCGCGGCCGGCUGUUUUCCGUACAGCCCUGAUGGCUGGCGGCGGCGGCGGCGGCGCCGCCGCCGCAAGCAAGGUGCCAGCAAGCACCGCCGCGUACCUCACCCCCACAAAAACAACCGCCACUGCUGCGCCGCCCGCCGCAAGCGCCGCCGCCGGCCGCAGCGGCGGCGCCGCCGCUACCUUGAACGCUGCAGCCUCAGCAGCGGAGGUUGCGGCGGAGGCAGCUGCCGACGCGGCUGCAGCAGCGGCCGCCGGAGGCGGCGGCGGCGGCAGGCGGCGCUGCUCGGUGUGCGGAUCGGCUGGGACAUCGAAGGGCUGGCGCACACACAAGCUGGAUCCAGGGCUGGGGCCCACGUGCCGAAGCUGCUACGACGCCUUCCGCGUUCACCAGUCAUACAACGUACGGCGCGACGCCGCCGCCGCCACCGCCCGCCGCAGCAGCGGCGGCGGCAGUGGCGGCGGCGGCGGAAGCAGUGGCGGCGGCGGCGCCCUGGCGGCGCCGUCGACGCCCACACCACUGGCGGCGGCGCUGCGCCGCCAGCACCUGGCGUCGCCGCUGGCCUCGCCCUUGGGCUCGCCGCCAUCACUAUUGUCGGCGCCGCCAGGCGGCGGCGGCGCUGCCGGCGGCACCGCCGGCGCCGCGGCUGCUCCGCAGCAGCCCGUUCUUAGCGGCCGCAUGCCGCCGCUGGAGAGCCGCGUGUGUGCGGUGUGCGGCGCCACCGGCUGUAGCGCCUGGCGGCAGCACGUGUUCCGGCCGGGGCAGGUCACGUGCCGCGGCUGCCACGAGCGCUUCCGCAGCCACGGGUUCUACGUGCCUCCCCUCAGCGCCCCGCGGCAGCAGCAGCAGCAGCAGCAGCAGCAUCUGCCGCAGACGAACGGCGCUGGCAGUAGCGGUGGUGGCAGCGGUAAUGGUGGUGGUGGCGGCGCCGCCGGGGGUGCCGCAUUGGGGGCGAAGCGGGGAAGGGCAGAGCCACAGCCGGCGGCUACUGCGGCGGGGGCGGCGGCGGGUGGCGCAAAGCGGCCCCGCGUGACUGCCGCCGAUAUCAGUGCGGCGGCGGCCGAGGCGGCGGCGGCUGUAGCAGCUGCGGCGGCAGCGGCGGCGGCGCGCCUGCGUCCGGGUGACUAUGUCGUGCCGCUGCGCCACGCGCCCAAGGCUGUCGCUGCUAUCGCCUCCGCCACUGGUGGCGCUGCGGCGGCGGCGCAGCAGCCGCAGCCGCAGCUGCAGCCGCAGCCGCCGAUGCUACUGCGCGUGCAGACCGUUGGCCGCCGCGGCGUUGCCGUCGUGUUGGGUCGCGACGGGUCGCGCAUUCGCGUGCGCGCCGACCACCUCGCCCCAUGGCAGCCGCCGCCGCCGUCAGCGGCGGCGCCGGCGGCACCGCCGCCGCCGGCAUACAUCCGCGACCCGUUGUCGGAGCGGCGCGCCGCCGCGCGCGCCAUGGCGGCGGCGACCGGUGGCGACGGCGCCGCCGCCGCCGCCAGCGUCACGUGCUGCGAGCUGCUACUGCUGCUACAGCCGCGGCAGCAGCAGCAGCAGCAGCAGCCUUCGGCGGCCCGCCGCGCGCAGCAGGGGGCAGGCAGGCGUGCGGCAGCUGCGCUGCCGCCGGCUGAGGAGGAGGAGUGGUGGGACGAGGAGGAGGAUGGGGAGAGGAUGGAGGUGGGGGAGGAGGGAGACAUGGAUCUGGAAGACUAUGACGGCUGGGAGUGGGACUGGGAGGAGGAGGAAGAGGAGGAAGGAGCGGGCGAGGACGGCUGUGGGGAGCAACGGGAGGAGCCGGUGCCGCUGCCAUCUGCAGGACAGGCGCAGAGGCAGCAGCAGCAGCAGCAGCAGCACAGGCAGCAGCUGCUGCAGGAGCGGGUGUGGGAGCGCCCUCAGCGGUUGCUGCAGCAGUCGCAGCCUCAGCCGCUGCCGCUACCGCUGCCGCAGGCGGGCGGCGCCCGAUCAGCAGCACCGCAGCAGCAGCAGCAGCCGGCGGGUGCGGCCCUGGCGCCUAUGUGGGUGGCGGCGGCGGUGGCGGGCGCAGCAGCAGCACCCGCAGGGGUGCCACCGCGGGCUGUAGCAGCAGGCUCCGGCGCGCCAUCUGGGUCGGGGGCUGCAGCGGCAGUAGCAGCAGGCGCGCCGCCGCCGCCGCCACCGCCACUGCUGGUCGGCCGCCGCGCCAAGCUACUGCAGCAGCAGCAAACACAACAGCAGCAGCAGGCGCAGCAGCAGCAGGCGCAAGUCACCAGCCCUGCCGGAGUGCGGCCAACACACCCCCACCUUCACGCCCCGCCCCUUCAACCCCAGUCCCCGCCCCACAACCCCCACUACCACCGCCAACAACAACAGCAGCAGCAGCGCCCCCUCGCCCCCCACAGCCCGAAACAGGCGCCGCCACCGCCGCUGCACCAAGUGCUACAGCCACCGCCGCCGCACCACCCACCACUACAACCGCAGCAGCAGCAGCAGCAGCAGCAGCUACAGCCGCCCCUGCUACAGCCGCCGGCUGCUGCGCUGCUGCCUGAGGGGCAGGCGGUGUCGGGUGGCGUGACGGCGGGCGAGGUGGAGCGGCUGGGGCGGGAGGCGGCGGCGCUGGGGGCGGCGCUGCAGGAGGCGUGCAGGCGGCUGGCGGAGUUGGAGGACGUGCACGGACUGCGGCUGUUGGCGCCCUGGGACCCGCAGCAGCAGCAGCAGCAGGCGGCUGUAGCAGCACAGCAGGACAGGGGCUCCGCUGCUGCUACUGCCGCCGCCGAGGGCGGCGGCGGCGGCGGUGGACAGCCGUCGCAAUCGCCGCAGUCGCAGCCGCUGCCUCUGUCUCAGUCGCCGCUGCGGGCGGCGUAUGAGGCGCUGUGCGGGCGGGAGCCCGAGCUGCGGGCCCGGCUGCUGGCGGAUGUGGCGCUGCGCUGGAUAGAGGCCGAGCUGUGGUCCAGCCCUCUGGCUCUGGUGCUGGGCACGUACGCGGUGGGGGUGCUGGGCAUCGACCGCAUCGGGCCGCUGCCGGAGCUGCUGACGGGGCGCGAGGCGGACGCCCGGAGGCAGUGGGCUCUGGACAUGGCCCGGCGUGGCGUGUACGAGAGGCACCUUGCUGUAGCAGACGUGGCUGUAGCUGACGUGGCAGCUGCUGCAGCCGGAGGUGCUGGAGGGGCGGCAGCAGCAGCGGCCGCUGCUGCCGCUGCUACGGCCGACGUCAGCGCGGCGGCUGUAGCUCGCUUCCACCAGGUGGUGGCCCACUGUGCGGAGAGCCUGGCGGCGCACAUGCUGGGGCAGCCGCCGCCGCCGCCCCUGCCGCCGCCAAACCAGCAAGCGCCCCCACUGGCGGCGCCGCCACCGCCGCCACCACUGGCCCUGCUUCCGCCGCCACCACUGCCGCCGCCAGGCCAUUAUUACACACCGUACGGCGGCCCGCCGCCGCCGCCGCAUCUCGCGUUGCCUGCGCCGCCAGCGGCGGUGCCGCCGCCGCCACCCCCGCACCAUUACCAACAACAGCAGCAGCAGCAGCAGCCGUAUCCGGCGGCCGGCGGCUAUGGCUGGUCGGCAGGCCCUGCCGGCGGGCAACCUCCUGCACAAGCGCUGGGGCCUGUGGGUGGGCAGCAGCAGCAGCAGCACCCACACCCACAGCCGCACUCAACCGCGUUUGCUUACCAGUACCCACACCCACACCCACACCAGCAGCAGCAGCAACACGCCGUGGCAAUGAGGCGCAGUAUCACCAGCAGUGCCGGCGCUGGUGGCGGCGGCAUGGCGGCGGCGGCGGCGGCAGAGCCUCACCACCACUCGCCGCCGCCGCCGCCGCCGCCUCCAGGACCUCCUCACGUGCACUUGGAGCCGCCAUACGCACCGCCCCGCCAUCACCACCAAAACCACCCACACAUGCAGCAUCCGCAGCCGCUGCUACAGCCGCAGCCGCCGCCGCAGCAGCAGCAGCAACAGCCGCCGCACCCUGCCGGUUCCGGUCCAUGGUCGCAUUGGAUGCCGCCGCCGUCACGCCCACCGCAGCAGCCGCCGCCGCAUCCGCACGAGGGCGAUCAAACGCCUGAGCCCUGGUGGCGGCAGCAACAGCCCCACCCGCCGCCGCCGCAGCAGCAGCCGCAGCAGCCGCAGCAGCCACAGCAGCUGUACCGGCCGCAGCCAACCUACGCCCGCCCGCCCACGUUGCCGCCGACGUUGCCGCCACAGCAGCAGCCGCCACAGCCGCAGCCACAGCCUCCGCAGCAGCAGCAGCAGCCGCUGCCGCUACUUCCACUGCCUCCACCGCCGCCGCCGCCUGCUUCGGCGGGUCCAGACGUGCCGGCGGCCUCGCCGCCGCCGCUCCUGCCGCCGCCACCGCCACCACCCCAGCAGGCGCCUGCGGCAGCACUCGUUGCCGCGGCUCCCGCUGUGGCGCCCGCUGCGGCUCCCGCUCCAGCUGCUCCCGCUGCGGGCCCCGCUGUGGCGGCUGCUCCCGCUACGGCUGCUGCUCCGCCAUCGUCCCUGGCUACGCCAUCUCAGCAGGCGCCUGCUCCGCCGCCGCCGGCGUCUGCGGCCGUGGCGGCUCUUGCCUCCCCGCGGUCCACACAGCGGCUCAUGGGCGGCAGCACCUACCUGCUGCUGGGCAGCGGCGCCGGAGGCGGAGGAGGAGGAGGAGGAGGAGGCGGCGGAGGCGGAGGCGGAGGCGGAGGAGGAGGCGGAGGCGGAGGAGCUGGAGGCGGUGGUGAAGGCGCCGGGUCGCUGGCGGUUUCCGGGAGCGCGGCGGCGGAUGCGUUGCUUCAGGCUCGGUCGGCGCGGGAGGAGGGGCCGCAGGCACCUCCGCGGAUGGGGCAGCUACAGCCGCCGCCCAACCUCGCGGUUUGGGAGGAUGUGGGAGGUGCAGUUUGGGAGGAUGAGGCAGCUGGAGGAGAGACGACGACAGAGGGUCGCCAGGCCGCCGGCCGGGUGGUGAGGCAGGUGGCGCGGCAGGGAGAGCAAGGCGCGGAGGCAGCCGCCGUGGCGGAGGCAGCAGAGGCGGAGGCAGAGGUUGCGAAGGCGGAGGCGGAGGUGGAGGCGGCCGAAGCCAAAGCCGGAGCUGCUGAUGCGGAGGACGAGACGGCGGAGGCCGCGGCAGUGGCGUCAGGUGGAACCUCAGCCGCAGCGGAGUUGUCGCCGGCCCGCUCACAGCCCCUGGCCCUGGCGCUGCCGUUGCCGUCGCCGCUGUGCCCGCAGCACCAGCUGUUGCAGGAGCAGCAGGAACAGACGCCGCCAGCUCUUGACUCGCCACCCGCCCAAGAAGAAAAAGCAGAUGUGUCCGCCGUGCAUGCUGGACCGCCGGCGGCAGCUGCGGGGCAGCAGCAGCUACAGCCUGUGCAGCAGGCACAACAGCAGCUGCUGCCCAUGCCGCCGCCGCUGAGGCUGCACUUGCAACCAUCACCUCCUCCUCACCAGCAGCCGCGGGAGCAGGAGCAUGCGGAGCAGCAGCACAAGCAGCAGCAGCAGCAGCAGCAGCAGCAGCCUCAAUUUACAGCGGGCGGCGGCUUGGCGGCCAUUCUUGCGCCCCUCACCCGCUCCCUCGCCGCCGCCGCCACCGCCGCCACCGCCGCCCCAGCGGUGGCGGCCGCUGCCGCAGUGCCUGCGGCGGGCCCCGGCGGCGGCACUGGGCCAGCAGGCCAAGCAGAUGGGGCGGCGGAAGCAGAGGCAGCGGUGGAGGCGGCGGAAGCGGAGGCGACAGUAAAGGUGGAGGCGGCCGAGGGAAUGGAGACAGCGGAGGCGGCAGAGGCAGUGGCGCAGGCUGGUGUCGUGGUGCCGCCACCGCCGCGGCCGUUGCCGCCGCCGCCGUCACCGCGGCCGCCGCCGCCGCUGCCGCCGCCGCCUCUGGCAGCAACUUCCACUGCCGCAGCAGUCGGCCUCGGGACCGUCUCGGUCAAUGACGGCGCUGCCCCUGACCCCGUAGCUGCUACGGCUACUGCUGGCGGCAGCGGCGGCGGCGGCGGCAGCCCCCAACAGCAGGGCACGCCAGAGAUCCACCGGAGCAGUAGCAGCAGUAGCAGCCAUGGCCGGGUGCCGUCCCCUGGCGGCUCCGCAGUAGCAGCAGCCCUGGUGAUGCGUCCUAGCAGCGACCAGCGGCGAGACCCGCGCAGCAGUAGCAGCAGCGGCGGCAGUAGCGGCGGCAGCGGCGGCGGCGCUGGCGGCACAUCCGGCGGCGGCGGUUGCGGCGUGAUAGUGGCGGUGGAGGCGACAGGUGCUGCUAACGGUAUGGAGCUGCCGCUGCGAGCCGGCAGUAGCAGCAUGAUGUCGGAGCAGCAGCAGCUACUGCCGCCGCCGCCGCCUCAGCCGCACCCUGGAAUGCAGCAGGCCUCAGGUGGGCAGCCGCCGCCGGCUGUAGCACCUGCUGCGGCGCCGGAGACGGAACCAGCGGCGGCGGCCGCUGCAGCAGUGGGUUCUUCUGCGGCGGUGGCGGCGGCGACUCAGAUGCCGCCGUCGUCGCCCGAGCCGCAGCAGCAGCAGCCGCAGCCCGAGCGGCCGCAGCAGCAGCAGCAGCAGGCGCUGCUACUGCCGCCGCACCAGCCGCCGCCACUUCCCCCAUUCACGGCGCCGCCGCCGCCACUGCCGCCGCCGGUUGCCGUGAGCAGUGACAUGGGCGGCAUUCCGGUGGUGGCGGCGCCGCCACGAGGCGCGACGGGCGGCCGAGGCGCCGCCGCCGUCGGCGCCGCCGGCAUCAGCCGCGGCGGCGGCUGGUCCGCCUUCGGCACGCCCUUCGCGGCAGCAGCCCGCGGCGGCGGUGGUGGCGGCGGCGACGCCGGUGCCGUCAGCAUGGCGCCGGCCUUUCCGCCGCCGCCUCUACAGUCUGGGUCGACGGCGCCGGGGAGCUACGGUGACAGCUGGCGGGACGGGGGUUCAUUUUCGCAGCAGGGCCCGGAUCAACAGCACCGUCGCGAAGCGCAACCGGCGGGGCCGCCGCCACCGCACGCCGCCGUGCCCACCUUUUCCGCGGCUGGUCCGGAGCAGCAGCAGCAGCUGCAGUGGCAGCAGCUGCAGCGGCAGCAGUCGGGCACUGCUGUUGCUGGGGGCUUUACACGCACGGGGUCAUCAUCAGCAGCAGCAGCGGCCGCCACCCCACCGCCGUCGUACCCUCACUCCUACCCGUACCCACCACACGGCCCCCAGCCGCCGCCGCCACUGCACCCCCACCCCCACCCGCACCCCCACCCACAGCCCCCGCCGCCACAGGCAGGGUCCAGCAGCUACAGCAGCUACAGCAGUCACCCCCACCACCAGCCGCCGCCGCCGCAGCAGCAGCAGCUACUGCCGCCGCCCCGGCCUCUGCAGCUCCUGCCGCCGCCGUUGCCGCCGCCGCCCCAGCCGCCGCCGCCGUCCUCCUCCCGGGACGCUGCAGCGGGACAGCAGCCGUACGGCGGGUCACCUCAUCAUCACCCGCAGGCCCCCGGCGGCGCCACCGGCGCCAUGGGCUCCUACGGCGGCGGACCUGCUACCGGCACACCAAGCCAGCAGCCGGGCUCAGCAGCCGGCGGCGGCUACGGACCCGCCGCCAGCGGAACGACACCGCAGCAACACCACAACGGCGGUUCAGGACCCUACGGCCCCGGUGCUGCUGGUGCUGGUGCUGGUGCUGCUUCCUAUGGCCCCCCCGGCGGCUAUGGUACUAACAUCGUCGCCGCCGGCCCGAGCUAUGGCCCCGGCUACGGCGGCCCCAGCAGCAUCAGCUACCACCACCCUGCCCAUCCCCAUCCCCACCCCCACCACCCGUACCCGUACCCUCAUCCGUACCCUCACCCGUCGGCGGCUGCCGCCGCCGACACCGCCCCAUCCCACACCCCUCAGUUCCACCACCACGCCUCCCUUCACCACCACGCCGCCGCCGCCGCCGCCGCCAGCCGCGCUUCGCACGUGCGCGCCGCCGCCGCCGCCGCGCUGCGCGCCGUCACGGCGGCAGCGCUGCGGCUGGCGUUCCUGGCGGGCGCCGCCGGCAACGGCCGCCUGGCGCUACGGCUGGCGCCGCCGGGGCACUCGCUGCCGCCGCUGCCGCCGCGCGAGCUGGCGUCGCUGUUUGCGUCCGCCACGUUGCAGGCCAUGGCGGCGCGGGAGGGACGAGGAGGGAAAGAGGGAGGAGAGGGAAGGGGUGGAGCGACAGGGGUUGGUGGCGGCGCGGCGGCAAACACGCCACACCUGGUCCGCGUGGGCGGCGGCGCUGCGGCUGCUGCUGCUGCUGCUGGCGGUGGCAGUAGCGGCAGUAGCAGCAGCAGCUCGGCGCCGCCGCAGCCGCAGCCGUUGUUCCGAGCGAGUGAGUGGCUUCUGCCGGGUGCGGCCGUGGCCGCCGCGACCGCAGCAGCCGAGACGGAGAUGGAGGCUCGGCUAGAAUUGCGGCGGCUGGGGUACGACGACAACGCCGGUUCCGGUUGCGGUGCUGGGUCUGGUUCUGCUGGCGGCGGCGGCGGCGACGGCGGCCGGAAACGGGCCCUGCCGGCCGCUGACGAGGACGGCGGUGACGGCGACGGCAGGCAGCGGAGGUGGGCGCCGCGGCCGCGACUGGACCCGCCGCCGGUGCAGACGCAAGGCGGCGCUGACGGUGAUGAGGGUGCUGCUGCGGAUGCCGCGGAGGAGGCGGCGGCGGCAGCGGAUGCCGCAGCGAGAGUGGCGGAGGGCGGCGGCGGCACGGGAGGAGGAGGAGGAGGGCAACGGGCGGGUACGACCGCCGCUGGCCGUGCCGGCGGCAGCGGCGGCAGCGGCAGCGGCGGGAUUAGUGGGUCGCUGCGGGUCGGCGGCGGCGGCGGCUGUGCGGUGCUGUGGGUGCUUGCGCCGGGCGUGGUGAGCCGGGAGGCGAGGUACCGAGUGCCGCCGCAGCAGCAGCAGCAGCAGCAGCCGCACCCCGCGGCGUCAGCGGCGGCGGCGAUGGGGCUGCAGCCGCAGCAGCAGCCGCAGGGGGGCGGCGGCGGCAGCUGGAGUGUGGAGGAGGUGCCGCUAGUGCCUGUGGACCUGGUGGGGUCGCUCCUGUGAUGCAUGAUGAUGAGCGGCUGAGUGAGUGCUGUGUAGUUGAGUGCGUGAGUGCGGCAGGGUGUUGCUUCCAGACGCAGGGCGGUGGCGUGAUGUAAUAAGUGUGUGGGUGUGGGUGUAAGUGUGAGUGGGUAUGGGUGUGUGGGUGUGAGUGUGGGUGUGGGUGUGGGUGUGGGUGAGCGGGAACACCGCCAUGUGACAGGACGGAGGGGGGCGAGACGAAUGCGUGGGGCAGGAAGAGGCAGGGUGAAGUGCCACGAGGGCAGCAGGAUGGUACGUACUGCGACACGCGGGCUCAGGAAGAGAUGCAGGCGGCUAUAACUGAUAAAACAACAAAUAUGCUCGAUGCUUUGAGGUACCGCAUCCAAUUGCUUGUGGUCGUGUGCGCGUGCACGUGUGUGAGAGAGUGUGUGCUAUGGGCGGGUGGCAGGAGGAGCACCAGCAGCAGGCUGCAUGUGCUACAGCGCAGGAUGAAGCAAGGGCGACAUUGAUUAUUAUUGCUUUUGAUGGAUUGUUGCGAGUUAAUGAGGAGGCGAGGCGAGGGGGAGUAGGGAGGAAGCAGUAAUACUGGAGCAAUGCUGUGGUACCGCUGCCGUACUGGGGCCCCUGGGGCUAUGGCAAACUCCUGUUGAGGACAUGGCAGGGUUGUUUGCGCCUUUCGCCGAAAGUGACCCGGCAGUGUAAGGACAGCAAUGA